CCACCACACGCCUCUCCACCUCUCACAUGUGUGUGCAGCAGCACCACACACCCAUGUGUGUGCAUACAUACAUGUAUGUGUAUAUACAUACAUGUGCCCACACUGUGCCCCCUUGGGGCCUGGCACCAACACCAAGGUAUAAAUGAGGGGCACGUGUCCAUGGGACCCUGAUCUGUGCAUGAGAAAUGCCGUAGCUGUAGACCACCAUGGUGAUAGGGUGUUGCACCCAUGGGGUACCACAGCCGCAGGGUACCAUGACCAUAGGUGCAGUGGCCAUAGACUGCACCGGCUGUAGGAUGGUGUGGCUAUAGGGUGCCAUGACCAUGGGUUCCCCUGCCCAUAGGGAGCUACGUCCAUAAGCUCCUGUGGCUUUAAGCCGCGGUGCUCUGAGGUCGCGUGUCGUAAUCGUGUCUAUAAACCUCCGUGCCCCCGCCACGCGCUGCCGGUGACUCGGUGUCACCUCGGGGCUGGUGCCGCGGUGGGUGCAGGAUGUGGCUCACGCUGCUGCUGCUGCUGGCACUGGGUGCGCUGGGGCUGGUGCUGGUGGCCCAUCGGCUGCUGGCCCCCUCUGGCAACCCCUUCUCACAGCCCCCCCUGGAACCCCCCCGGCCACUGGUGACGGACCAGGGCGCCCGGGACAAGGUGCUGAAGCAGGGGUUCAGCACCCAGCGGGUGCCACCGGUGCUGGAUGCUGUGGUCAUCGGCAGUGGCAUCGGGGGCCUGGCAGCCGCGGGCACCUUGGCCAAGGUGGGCAAGAGGGUGCUGGUGCUGGAGCAGCAUGACCAGGCCGGUGGGUGCUGCCACAGCUUCCAGGAGCGGGGCUGCGAGUUCGAUGUAGGCAUCCACUAUGUGGGGCAGAUGCACGCAGGCAGCAUGCUGCGCGUGGCGCUGGACCAGCUCACGGAUGGGCAGCUCUGCUGGCAGCGCCUGCCCGACCCCUAUGAUGAGGUGACCCUGGGCCCACGGUGUUACCAGCUCCGUGCUGGCAAAACCGCCUUUGCCGCCGCGCUGGAGGAGCAGUUCCCAGAGGAGAAGGCGGCCAUCAGGGAGUUCAUGAGGCUCUCCAAGGUGGCCUCGCGGCACGUGGCGCUGCUGGCGGUGCUGAAGAUGGUGCCGCGGUGCUUGGCCACGCUCCUGGUCCGCACUGGCCUCAUCUACUGCAUCUCACCCGUGUUCCGCAUGGCGGCCACCAGCCACAGCGAGGCCGUGGCGCGGCUGACAGACAACCGUGACCUGCGCGCCCUGCUCUGCUACUUCUUCUAUGGCACGGCCCCGCAGGACUCCAGCUUCCUGAUGAACGUGCUCAUGGUUCACCACUACCAGCGCGGUGCCUGGUACCCACGGGGAGGGGCCAGCGAGGUCGCUUUUCACGCCGUGCCCCUCAUCGAGCGUGCUGGGGGGGCCGUGCUCGUGCACGCCCCCGUCACCCGCAUCCUCGUGUCCCCCGACGGCGCCGCCAUGGGGGUGGCGGUGCAGAAGGGGCCCAGCGAGGAGGAGGAGGUGGAGAUCUUCGCCCCCAUCGUCAUCUCUGACGCUGGCAUCUUCAACACCUUCGGCAAGCUGCUGCCCCCCCUGCUCCGCAGCCACCCAGAGGUGAGCUCCCGCCUGGCCAUGGUGCGGCACGGCAUGGGCUCCUUCCUGGUGUUUGUGGGGCUGCGGGGCAGUGCGGCCGAGCUGCGCCUGCCCCCUACCAACUUCUGGAUCUACCCCCACAAUGAACUGGAUACCAUGAUGACCCAGUACGCUGCUCUGAGUCGUGACGACGUCCCCGAGAACCUGGCCAUGAUGUUCAUCACCUUCCCUGCUGCCAAGGACCCCACCUAUGAACAGCGGCACCCAGGCCGGUCCUGCAUGACCAUCCUGACCAUGGCACGGUACGAGUGGUUCGAGGAGUGGGCCGGAACCCGCACCAAGCACCGCGGCGCCCAUUACCAGCAGUACAAGAUGAGCAUCGCCCAGCGGCUGCUGGAGCGGGCGCUGCAGCGCUUCCCUCACCUCCGCGACAAGGUGGAGUUCGUGGAGGCAGCGUCCCCACUCACCAACCAGCACUACCUGGCGGCUCCCCGUGGGGAGAUGUAUGGGGCCGAGCAUGACGUCGCCCGCUUCAGCCCGGCUGUGGUGGCCGCCAUGAGAGCCAAGACACCCGUGAAGAACCUCUACCUGACGGGGCAGGACGUGUUCAGCUGUGGGCUGGCAGGGGCCCUGCACGGGGGGCUCAUCUGUGCCUCUGCCGUCCUGGGCCGCCUGCUCUACGUGGACCUGCUGCUCCUCAAGAGGAGGAUCAAGAGGCGCCAGGGCCGGCAAACGGCAUGACAGGGACAGCGCCGGGCUCAGGGAGCCCCUGUGUCCUGCUGGGCUGGGCUUGGCUCCUGGGAUGGGGACAGGGAUGAGGUGGGAUGGACGUGGAGAUAGG